CUAUCGCCGUUGGCCCCGAUGACAUCCUGUGCAAUUGAAUGUGAUGCCGUGGUCUCUGACAUUAUGAACAAGAAGCUGCAUUCCGCUAACGUCCAUUCUUGCAAUCCCGGAUUGGAGUAUAUCUGGCGAGAAGAGGUUGCAAGAUGCGCUGCUCAAGGUCGGAAGCUCGAAGACACAUUUAACAAUUGUAAGUUAUUGGAUCAGUCUUCUGUAAGUAAAAGUUCACAUUUGAGAUACGAUCCUGACAUUCUGUUUGGCUAUGACACGUCGCGUCUGUCUUGGGGUUACGUUCUCAAAAGAGCGUCCGUCAUUGGAUGUGUUAACUUCCACCAAAGCAUCAGUCGAUAUACUCGAGUUAUGCUGCUUACUUUUUUCUAUUUCUCCUUUAUUUCAGCAUACGACAAAGCUACGACAACUCUGAAUAUUUUGAAAAAGAAAUUGCCGAUUCUUGAUGAUCGAUCGCUCUACAUUCUAGGCACUUUAGUCCUUUCCAAGACUUACUUCGCCAAAUAUGUCAACAAACUUUCGCUUCUCAAUAUUUCACUGUUAAGUGAAAUUAACUGGUUUCUGAAAACGGCUGAGAUGGCUCGUGUCUACGGGAUUCAAUUUUAUGAGUUUAGAGGUUCUCAGUUACGUGUGGAAUCGAUGAUGUUCAGACUUGCCCAUACACAACAUUAUUUCCUUCCAUCGGUGACCCCAUCGCAGAGAAUGAAGAUGCAGGCUCCCGAGCAGCUACAGCUGAUUAUGGAACCACUUUCGGCCGUGUAUUUUGACCCUGUGAUAGUUCUUGACUUUCAAUCUUUAUAUCCGUCUAUGGUUAUCGCCUACAAUUAUUGUUUUUCAACAUUGUUUGGAAAGAGGCUCAAACGAAUCCUAGAUGCCCGUCAAUUAGCACUAAAGCUCAUUGCUAACGUAACUUAUGGUUACACUAGUGCUAACUUCAGUGGAAGAAUGCCGUGUGUGGAGGUUGCGGACGCUAUCUUAGGAAAAGGACGGGAGACUUUGGAACGGGCGAUCAGUCUGGUGAACAGAGGUGAUUACAGUGGGGCCAGAGUAAUUUACGGCGAUACUGACAGCAUGUUCGUGCUCGCCCCAGGCGCAACCAAAGAUCAGGCGUUUUCCAUCGGUCGUCGCAUAGCUGCCGACGUCACAAACGACAAUCCUGCUCCCGUCGUUCUUAAGUUAGAGAAAGUUUACGUUGGAUGUGUUCUGGAGACAAAAAAGCGCUACGCAGGCUGGAUGUACGAAAAUGAAGAAGACGACAUAGGUCAAUUGGACGCCAAAGGAAUCGAAACGAUUCGUCGAGAUACAUGUUUGAUCGUCGCAAAGGUGUUAGAGCGAAGUUUGAAGCUGAUUUUCACGAGGAAUUGGCGAGCACUUGGCGUCUACUUGAACACAAAGCUCUCGCGACUCAAUGAGUUGCCCUACACUGAUUUCGUCUUUUCCAAGGAGUUUCGUGGUCAGUACGCAGAAAACGCUCAUGUGCCGCAAUUGAAGGUUGCACUGUCCCUCGCGGCCAACAAUCCGUCUCAUAUCGCUCUCGUAGGAGAACGACUGCCGUACAUCGUGACCGAUGGUCCACCAAAUGCCACUGUAAUUUCGUGUGUUCGGUCUCUUCAGGAAUUCCUCGCCGAUUCUAGCUUGCAGAUUCACUUCAUUUACUAUGUUCAUGUACAUAUUCUUCCGGCACUUAGAAGAGUCACAGAUCUUCUGCAGCUUAAAAUUCGAUGGCAUCUUGAAGGAAGAUCUUUGUGUUUCACACCGGGAUGCUCGACACUUGGAAGUGAUCCGUGGUGCUCGUCGUGCAUCGACGACCAGUCCACAUUGCAAUUUGCGUUAUGUUCACUCGCACGUGAAGAUCGGUUGCGAGCGAUCUGCCGCUUGGCUUGUGCUCAUUGUCAGAAGAAUCCUUUAUGUCAUAUGGAUCGAUGUGUAAAUCAUCAGUGUGUAUGGAAUAGUCUUGCCAGGAGUAAAACAGCACGAGCUGUGAGCAAACAUAAACUUUACUUACAAGCUUAA